CAUUUCUCUCACACCUCUUCCGCUACUACUCAGUAGCCACAUGCCCCUAGCUAACAUUCGCAACAAGUAGAGAAUAUUCGUUUUUGCUAUUACUCCGAUACACCAAAUAAAGCCGGCAUACAACGAAAGCCGUCAGAGUACAUUUGGUCUAAUGUUUUUAGCUGAAUGCGGAUAAGAAAAGUGAACUACUGCUUUGUUGUGCUCUGGUGCUAACUAGCUAUGUUUCGUUAGCUGGGAUGGCAGCAUCAACUCCACAGAUUUCAUCUCUUGUUUUAAGUCAGAAGCAACGUAAGGCUGCUCUGAGGAAAGAAAGAAGAAAACGGAAACGCCAAGCUGUCGCCCAGGCCAGAGAAUGUGGUUUAAACAAUGGAGCUAGCAAUGAGCCUGUGGAGGAGGAGGAGGAGGAACUAAAUGAGGUGGAUGAUGAGGAUGAUAAUACUGCUGAGCAGGAAAGAGUGUGUCAACAUGAAGAGUGGUUGGAAAGAGAAAGGAUUGCCCAGGAGGAGUUCAGGCUGAGGUGGGAGAAGGAGGAAGCUGCACGGAAAAGAAAAGAAGAAGAGGAGCGGAUGAUCAAAGAAGAAUGGGAGGCCCAGCAGAAAAGAGAAGAAGAAGAAAAAGAGCAGAAACAGCAGGAGAGGCGAGGCAGAGAGGAAGCAGUUCAGAAAAUGUUGGAUGAAGCUGAAAAUCAGUUAGAAAAUAAAGGACCUUGGAUGAAUCCAGAGGCUCCUGUGGCGGGAAACUCAGACAACUUUGGGACAGAGCGAGACGUCGCCAACUGUCCUUUCUUCCUUAAAACUGGAGCCUGUCGAUUUGGAGACAGGUGUUCACGGAAGCACGUUUAUCCCACAUCGAGCCCGACCCUGAUGAUCCGCAGCAUGUUCAUAACGUUUGGUAUGGAGGAGUCCCGCCGCGAUGACUACGACAUUGACGCCUGGUUGGAACACAGCGAGGAGGAACUGCAGGAGUCUUUCCUCGAGUUCUACCAUGAUGUCCUACCAGAGUUAAAGAGUGUCGGCAAGGUCAUACAGUUCAAGGUCAGCUGCAACUACGAACCACAUCUGAGGGGAAAUGUGUACAUUCAAUUUGACACAGACGAGCAGUGUAAAGAAGCCUUCAUAAAGUUCAAUGGGAGGUGGUAUGCAGGCCGGCAGCUUCAGUGUGAGAUGUGUCCUGUUACAAGGUGGAAGAAUGCAAUUUGUGGAUUGUUUGACCGACAGAAGUGUCCAAAAGGGAAGCACUGUAACUUCCUGCAUGUAUUUCGAAACCCUGGCAAUGAAUUCUGGGAGGCUGACCGGGACCUGCACCUGUCCCCAGACCGCACCGCCAGUAGGAGCCGCAGAGACGGGUGGCAUUCAGAACGAUACGGAGAACGAUCUUGGAGGCAACGUCACGGCAGCAGAAGCCCACCGAGAUCGGAGAGAUCUCACAGCAGGCGAGACGGCGACCGGCGGAGGAGCAGGAGCAGAGAGAGGAGUCGAGAAAGCUGGACCUCCAAUCAGCACAGAGAGGACCAAUGGUCGUCCAGGUCCAGGCAAAGUGAGCGGAGGAAUGAUAGGUAUCGCAGCAGAAGCAGAGACCGGUCGAGGAGUAGAAGUAGAGACAGAGAGAGAGACAGGCAGAGGAACAGGAGUAGAGAGAAAGAGCAGAAGAAGAGGAAAAUAAGUGAAGAGAGAGACAGUAGAGACAGAGAUACAGACACUCAGAGAAGAACUAAAGAAAGGUCCAGAAGCUCAAGCACAGAGGGAGUGAGAAACAAGCAGGGUACAGAAAGAAGCCCCAAGAAACCGGAUAAAAACGAGGCAACCCCGAAAGACGAUACAAACACAGGCCGUGCCCGCCACAAAAAGUCCAAAAAGAGCAAGAAGAAGAGUAAGAAGAAAAGCAAGAAGAAGAAGAACCAUGUGGCUGAAGGGACAAGCUCAUCUGAAGAGUCAGAAAAGGAGAAAGAGUCAAAGGACGAUACAACAGAGAAUGUGGAUGCAGCCAGACGCAGUCAGGAGAUAAACAUCACGGAGCAGAUUCAGAUAAACGAUGACGUGGAUGAAAGUCCACAUGUUGACAGGGAGAAUAUGUUCAGUCCUUCUGUCAAAAGUGAGGAGUUAGAAGAGGUCAAAAUGCUCCAGCAACACUUGUAGUAAGAUCAACUAUAUUAACUAUUUAGACCGACGCAUUUCGGCUCGUGGCCUUCAUCAGGGUCAACGAAAAGUGAGGAGUUAAAGACAGAAACAUGAGACAGCUGGAAAAGGUGAUUUGAACACGUCUAUGUUAGAUUUAUUCUGCUUUUUACCUUCAAAAUAUGUGAAUGAGAAACAACUGUGCAUCGAUAAAGUUAGUUAGCAGCCAUGAUUAAUAUGUACAUAGAGUAUGUGAAUAUUUUAUAAGGUUGUUGUUGCUCAGUAAAAACAAAAAAGGAACAAAUGAGUCAUUGGGUUUUCUUUUUGAAUACAUUUAUUGUUCAUAAUUUUCAAAUAUAAGAAACAAAGUUGGCAUAAUGUGUUGGCAGUGUUGAAUACAAAAAGUGAUUUCCUCUUUUUCACAAAUCAAAGAUAAACUUGUUGAAACAUGA